AUGCUGGAAGGAAAAGUGGAAGAACUGUGUGAAAUGGAGGGGAGAGCGCUCCCCUUUUAUAGGGAUUCACACUUAUCAGGUCGAGACCGCUGUCUUGAAUGGCAAGGUCGAGACGGUCGUCUCGUCAUUCGGGAUGGUGGUCUCGUCAUUGAAAAAUGGCGAGAUGGCCGUCUCGCCAAUCGAGACGGUGGUAUCAACUUACCAAAUGGCGAGAGGGUUGUCUCGCCAAUCGGGAAGAAAAGCCUUCCUACUCUAAUAUGGGGCCUAAUAGUCUAUCCUAGAGACCUUGUAGGCCAUGCCCAUCUUCAGAUCGGAGGUCUUCUACUCUUUAUUUUGAGGUCGGGCAAGAUUUGGGGUCUAGAUGGAUACAUCUCGGGAGAUACCCAUCUGGACCGCAGAAUAGAGGGCCUAGUGCAGAGUCAGGAAAAGUUCCAGCGCCGCAUGCUUUUCCGCUUCCCUUUACCAGCAUUGUCAUCCUUAUCCAGCCUAGAG